AUGACUGUCUUUACAGUUACGCUCGUCGUACUUCUCGUUAUAUCAAGUGGAAAUAUCUAUGGUCAUCCAUCAGCAUCGUCAUAUCGACCAAUCGUUCACUAUGGACAUGGUUAUAAAUUUUUACAACCUCAUCAAUUGUCAAAUAAUUAUAAUCAUCAUAUAAUAUCAAACAUGGAUGAUGGGAAUCAACCAUUUUUACCAUAUAUUUAUCAUCCUCGUAAACGCUUAAUAGACUUUUAA